UUAAAAACCUUUUUUUUAAUUUUUGUUGUUUUUAUUACUUUUUUUUAAAUUGUGCUAUGUAUUUUUUCCUUUUAGGCCUCCUGAUUAGGCCUCAUAGAGUUUCAGUUUUGUAAAUAAAUUCUGAAAUGCAAAGGUAUCUCAAGCCUGGAGUGGUGGGCAUAUUAAAUACCGGUGUAGCAAGUAGGAAGAGUUGAUAAUAAAUGACAGAUAAAAUUUUGUUUAGCCCAAGGGGGAGCUCGCAUGGAGGAUAAGAUACCAUGAUUGCAAAUGAAUGAAAAGAUGUGAGAAUAUGGAGUAGAAGAUUAUCUGUCCCAGUUUUAACCUCAAAUAUAUCUUUUAUUGCAUGUGGUAGUUUAAAUAUACUUUUAAAUUGUUCAGGAAAAAGAAAAUAUGCUGCUCCUGUGUGCAAAUGUUGUAUCAUCUUUAGUUUAAGUGUAUAUAAUAUAAGAAUAUUAAAUUAAGAAAAUGAAUCAGCAUAAAGGAAAAACAAAAUGCCGUGUUAUACAAAGCCACCGAUACGCCCAGAUAAUCAUCGUUGAUAUUUCUGAGCCAGGACUUGACUCGUAUUGUGAGAACAUAUCACUGGCACUUGAAGAGUUUUUGUUACUACAUAACAGCUUGCCCGGUGCACCAAAGUUGCAGUUGCUAAGUGUGUUUGUCAUAGGCGAAAGCGUUGAGUGUAUUCUACCUAUUCAAAAUACCAAAACAAAUCAUCAAAAGAUUAUUCAGUCAAUACAAACACUGAGGUAUUACCAUGGUAUCCUAGAACACAGCAAGCAUGAGUUUGAAGAAAAACUUUCCUUUGUGUUAAUGGAGUCGUUUACACAGUUGCAGCAAAUGGCUAAGUACACAAAGCCAACAUCUUCACAAUGUGAUGUAUGCGUUUUCACUUGUCGACGUCAUAUCGAGAAGCAAGUGGCUAGAGUGGUGAAGGAACACAACAUGAACUUAAUCAAGAAAGUUCAAAUAGUGCAUAUAGUACACACCAUCUCAACAGAUGCAGAGAUUGGUAGUAGUGCAGAAAGUUCAGCAGGUUCUGCAGAUAGUGCUACAACAGAAGUGAUGUGUGGAUACGUUGAGUCAUUGUUUCUACAACAUGAUCGUUUAAGUUUGGAACAAUUUUUUAAAAGCUGGUUGCAAGAUACGGGUUCGGACGACCUGCAUCUCAUCAUGAAUUUUCAUAGUUUUAACGUGAAAUGUGAUCUUGUCGAUGCUGUUGUGAACCCACUCCAUUUUGCCGCAGGCCGAAAUUUGAUUUUAGAGACGGAACUCAGUGUGAUCAACAUCAACAAUUCUCUUUCUGCAAAGUCAAGACAACCUGGGUUGGCAGUGUAUACUUUAACGCCGAAAAUGAUUGUACGAAGUGCGGAGAUAUGUGAGUCUGUUUUGUUUGGUUUCCCGUUGAUCUUAAAACCAACUACUUGCUGGAAACUGGAAUGGGAAGAACUGGAACAGAACCAAAGUUAUUUUUCAAGCCUUAAUGCAUACCUUCACAAAGAAUUCUCAGCUCUGUUAAUGGAAUGUUCCUCCACAAACACACUAAAGUCGUAUUUCUUCUUACUGCCAUCUUCUAGUGGCAUGAUGUUGAUCAAAUCUGUCGCAACGCGCGACAUUAUGUUGCCGCAUGACGCUGUCGCCACCUCGCCAAAUUGUGUAGUGAGUGAUGAAGUUCAAGAAGAAAUGGAAAAGAUCGAAGUUGGUCACACCUACAAUCCAUUUAAUUUUACUUGUGGUUUGUUUACUCGUCUACCAAAGACGACUAUUGAAGCCAGCAGAAAACCUCUUUCAUCAAGCACAAGCAGCUUCGCAAAAAGUUCUUAUAAAGACGCGCAUACAAAGAAGAGACUGGGAAAUACCGAGUUCACAACAGAUCUAAAGUCAUCCGCGAAAAGACCAACAAAAAAAUAUGUACCUCGCUUUACCGCCCGCACGUAUCUUAACAACGAUAAACAGAACGAAAGUCGUUUCAAUUUGACUAGCGCGUUCACUGACAACGAACAAAAGAGGAAGAGCUUGUCAUUUGAACCAACUUCUGAUGUGUGAUUAUGCGAUGAUGGUGUCUUAUUUUAUUGGGCGCCGCUACCGUUGAUAAUUUAGUUCAAAGACAUUUAGUCCAGGGCAAGCGAAAAUGAUGAGUUUCUUUAUGAAAAUACUUAUUGUUGCGUUUUUUAAAUUUGUAUAUUGUGUGAUAAAUAAAGUUGAAGAUUUACUUAGGUUCGUUAUGACUUAUAAAAACGGCAUAGAUUUUACGAAAUUUGGCUGCGAAUCGCGAUGAAACAAAACGAGGAACUGACACAAAGACAACAACACCACCUUACCAACCUCGAUCCCAGGGCUUGUAACACUUUUCAAGUGCUGCAGAGGUUAAAAACUUACUCUUUUAUAAUCACGCUUUCUCAUAAGGAGGAUCGAUAUGUAAUUGUAUGGCAUGCUUUCGCCUUUUCUAGCUCACUGUUACCAACCACAAUUCCUUGCUUAAAUAAAUUCCAUAAAAGCUGAAAUAAACUCCUUGGCCGUUAUUAAAACUUUUACUUUCUUGCCUUGGUGUUCAUUUAGUAAGUAAAAAAUACACGACCCCGUCUUAAAAAUUUAGUAGAUCCUCUCAACGGUGAAUAAUUUGCAAAAAAAAAAAGACAAAAUUUUUGUCUGCUUCCAGAAAAGUGUCCAUCUUAGAUCUGGUUUGUGUUUUGCAGGACUUCAGCAACCUUUUUUUUAUUGCUCAACGGUGCUGCGCUGUUUGACCCAAACCCCUGAUACUCAAACAACAUUAAGGGGAACGUUAAGUUGGACUUAUGUUAUAGAGCUUAAAAAGUCGGUUAAUAAGUCUUUAAAUUUUAAAAAAGCUCUUUUCGUUCUCCAGAUAUUCGCAUUUAAAGAAUUUCAGAUUUAAUUAUGCUGCAUAGAUUAUGAUGCCAUAUUUAAGUAAAUAUUUGUUUACAUCCCGCGCGGCAGUCUACUUUUCAGAGAAUCUCCCUUCCAGUCUAGUUAUUACAAACAAUAAUGGACGUCAAUCCGUAGAUUUGAUUUUUGUUGAGGCAGCACAUUCUGAUAUUGUUUUUCUUUAGACAACCGGAUGUAUAAGUUGGGUAAAAAGUAAAUAUUUUAUCAUAUUUUAUGUCAGAGUUGAUAGUAUUGGAUUUUUAAAAUGCUUCUAACACAUUUUCACAGUUCUAUUCUUAUCAAUGGUUUUGUUCUGCCCAAUCUAGGAAGGCGUCCCGUCCUAAGACUGGCUAGGCCAAUCUUCUGACAGUGACAACUAGGUGGCCAGUCUUAAAACUGGACUGCUCAACCUAUGGACGUAGAUGUUCAAUGUUAGAACAAUUGUGAAAGACAAAGAGAACAAUGAAAAGUUUAGACUGUAGCUGUAUAUACCUCUUAAGAGGAACUUUAAAUCAAAACUUUUCUUGGCAAAUCAAAGGGCUAAGAAAUUAUACCAUGUAAACUAUUUACGCAUAUUGACUGGGUAUACUAACAAUAUGGUUGAAUACGAUUUAUCUGAUUCUUUGUAUAUAAACUUUUUUUAUUUUCUUAUUUUAUUCUUAAAAUUUGCAAAAAAUUGUAUAUAAAUGCUAAAUGUAUAAUAUUGGAAGAGGGUAAUAUACCCCGUCCAACCCAUGUUAGCAUGGAAAACGGACGUUAAGCCGAGAAUGGUGAUGAUGAUGAUUAUAUAUGUUCCAGCUACAACUUAGCUACGAUUUUUACUGUGUCCAAAAACUGGCAGCCGGAUUAUGUACACAUGAUCCGAUUAUGUUUUUUUUGCACUGGUUAUGUAGUGGUGACCGGAUUAUGAACGCUGAUAUAAUGGCUGGUCAGGCAGGCUGUGAUUGGCAUUUUCUUCGAACUUUUGUGAAUUAAACAUUCUCUGGAAGAUAGAACACCCCUAAAAACUAGAGAUGGCGGAAGAAAAAAGUCUCGACGUAAUUCUUAGUUUAAAACUAAUCUUGUAGUAAAUACAUUUCAGCAUAAUAUACUUUGAAGUAACUAAAUUUCA